GCGACGGCUGAGGAGACAGACGCCCCGCUGCCGUGCGGCGGCAGGUUUAGGAGCCGAUUCCCCUGUUCACUGCGUCACUUUCUGCCCCGUCGUUGGGUGAAGCAGUAAUGCGAUAUGGCAGCUUGCUUUCAGCUUUACAAGAAGAGUACCCUUCCUCCUCUCCUUGAUAAUUACCUACCAGUUCAUCGCAGGAAUCAGAACAGCGAAAGCCAAGAAAAAAUAGAAACAGACAAGAAAAAGCAAAUGAGAAAUAACAAACAGGUUUUAAGUGAUGAGGAGAAAGAUGAAAUUAUCAAGCAAGCUCUUGAAGAACAGCAUCAUCUUGAAACCUUCAAGAACCUAUAUAGACUGAGACAUGGCUUGUGUGAACACUACAGAACACUGCUGAAUGAGAAAGUUCAAAAGCAACGAAUUCAGAUCAAAAUGUCUAAUUUCAGAGUCCAACAACGUAUUAAGCACAAAGAAAAAAAGUAUAUCCCCAGUCAUAAAGUGCCCUUCUGCAAAUUGUCUCAUGAUACCAAAUACCUUGAGACCAUUCCACAAUCAAGUAGUUAUCUGAUUAUUGGGUUGCAGAAUGAAUUAGCUAAGCUUGGAAUGUUAAGGAAUCAAGAAGAUUAUGAAAACUUUUGGAAUUUCGCUCAAAAGGGUGUUCUUGAGUCAAAGCUCAAAGAAAUGCUUCCAGAAAUAAAAGCAAAGAUGUUUGCUGUUAAGCACUCACCUCUCUCUACUUCCACAAGAACCAAUGCCGUAAAACAUCAUAACGGUUUUGCAAGCAUCAACAGGCUGAAAAAAAGCACAACACCAUCUCUACUGCAGUCCGGAGCUUCCUCCCAGUUUCCAACUCAUCAUAUGAGCAAACAGAUGACAACCCAGACAGAAACUAAGGAAAUGUUUUCCGAGAGCAAAACAUUCAAAAGAAACAGAAGAGCUGAACAGCAUCUUCAUUACUUGCACCACAUGUAUUAUUUUUCCCUUGUUAACAUGGCAUCAUCCAAGAGGCUGCUAGAGAAAAAUGGUCAGUUUUCAGAUGUCAGAACAAAGCAGACUGUCUACGAUCUGCAUGAACAAUCGGGGAUGAAUCGCAACAUAAAGACAAUGGAAGAGAACACAUGUCCAUCUUUAGUAGGCAGGAAGCAGCAGGAGAUGUAUUCUAAGGGCUUCUCCAAAAUGUUCAGAGGCUCAAAGGAAAAGAAAAGGAUGUCAAAGCAACAUAAAAAUAAAGAUGUUGGUGAAAGAGCUGAAGAUCAAAAAUGCAACAUCACUACCUUUACUCAACAAGAAGUGAUGCCUGUGCCUUUAACUCUGGAAGAUGCUGCUCUCUACCAUCCUAUUAUGGAAGUUAAGCAUGCUGUCACCUGUUGGGAAAACUAUGCUGAUAAUGACUAUCUUCAACAGUGAACAACAUAUUACGUAUGAUUGGAACUAAUGGAGCAGUUUCACAGUUGACUGUCAUUAGAGUUGCCUCUGAAUUGUUAAAAACAAUCAUAGUGUAUUAUCUUUUUAUUUGGUUUACAUAAAAUAGUGAGCAAGUUUCCCAGAAUUUCAGCAGACUGGAUAUUCCAAAUGUUAAAAGAGUUGAGGAAAAGAAAAAUAUUCCUGUUCUUGAUAAGCAGUACUAGGAGUUAUGAUAUUUUGGUUGACCCUAAUAAAAGGUAUUAUAGUUGUAAUACAAUAAAAACUUUUGUUUUCUCAACAAGAGGGUAUAAUUUUUGCCCUGAUUAAUAUCUUCUAUGGCAU